UAAUCCAUUACCACUCUUGGGCAGCGGCCGCGCUACUGCUGGCGGCCGCACGUCUCCCUCGCCUCUCUAGCUCGUUUGGACCGGUUUGGUGUUGGAGAGGGAGCUGAGCGCCAUUGCCAUUGGCAUUGGCAUUGGCAUUACGCCACUCCGCGAUUGUGCCGUUGCGCCAUUGUGCCAUCAUCGAGCUUGGCAGCUUCCUCGGAAGUGCUGACCUGCCUGUAAUGCAUGAGAUUGCGCCUCCAGCCUCUCAGCUUUCGCGUGAGCUGCUGAGAAGGAUGUUGAUAAUUUCCUGACUGCAAAGCGUGUUCUUUUUUUGCCUGUGGUGCUGAUGAUGGAGUCCCCACCGCAGAUGAUGCUCACGGUGACCAUAAAGUAUGGCAAGGAAACGUUGUCUAUCGAAGCUGAAGCUGGUUGGAAAGUUCAGAACCUGAUGGAGGCGAUCCAGAAGGUCACCAACGUCCACCCACGGGGUCAGAAGCUCAUCCACAAAGGCAAAAUACUGGCAGCUUCUUCAUCGUUGAAGGAUGCAGGAAUUGAAACAAGCUCCAAGAUCAUGCUGAUGGCGUCAGCGGGGGUGCACCAGGGGGCGACCAAUCCUUCCACAAAGGCGGCAGCACCAAGAGCCGCACCGCCAAAGAGACCGAGGCCUCAGCCACCACUAAGUUUGAGCCAAGAAGAGGCACGCAAAAAGGCCUGGGAACAGACAGGCGUUGUAUCCUUUCACAACGCUGGUCUAGAAGCGGUACCGAGCACCGCAUGGAAAGUCGGCGAAGCAGUGCGAGUCUUGGAUCUAGGAGGGAACGUUCUGCAGAAGCUUCCGCCUUUGCUGGGCCACCUCGCAAAACUCCAGCGUCUCCGGUUAAGCUAUAACCAGCUCACUUCGGAGGGAGUCCCCUGGGAAGCACUUUGCGGCCUACGACAGCUCACUGUUCUAGCAUUGGACGACAACAGACUGCUCUCCGCCUCUCCAUUGAUAGGCCACCUGCAAUCGCUCCGCCAUCUCAACGUCUCCCACAACCAACUUGAGAGUCUUCCGGAAGAGAUUGGCCGCUUAACCGGGCUGGAAAGGCUGGAGGCGGCGAGUAACAAGCUCAAGGAGCUCCCGACCACGCUCGGAAGCUGCUCUUCCCUAGUUGAGGCGGAUUUCGAGGGGAACUUCGUCGACAGGAUACCGUCCAGUUUCAACGCCCUCCUGAAGCUAAAGACGCUGCGGCUAAGCAACAACAAUAUAAGCGCAGUACCACCGGGAAUUUUGCGAGACUGCGCUUCUCUGUGCACGCUCGCUUUGCACGGGAACCCAAUCACCGUGGAGAAUCUACGAGAGACGGAGAGUUGGGCCGUUUUUGACGAGCGGCGAAAGGAGAAGUAUGGGCGGCAGCUCGACUUCAGUGUUCUAGGACCAUCGCAGGGUUUUGACGAGGGGGCGGAUGCGCAUCAGUGGCAGCAUUUCUGAAAAUGCACCUUGAGAGUGCGGCCUUUCGACCCUUCCACUGGCGUAACAAGCCGAAAGAACAGCCCAGCACGACUCUUUAAAUAGACGCCACGUGUCAACUAAUGUGUCGCGCGUUGCCCUCGACAAGCUGCUUGAGGGCCCAUCACCAACAGCGAUCGCUUACCGUCUAGUACAGCGUGCGGGAGAAUGCACUUGGAUCGACACCAUGCAUGCUGGC